CCUUGAGUAAAACCUGAAGUAUAGGUUACUCACUGAUUACUUGACGUCACAGCUAGAAUUACCGCUUUGAAAUGGGCGGGUUCAACUGGAACCAGGCUUAAGUAUGGCGGCUGAAAGUUUGGGGUUUUCAGAGCGCGAAAGGCUUUUUUAUUAACAAAUAUUGGACGAGGUUGAGCAAAGUAUCGUGGUUUGUCAGUGGCGAGCAGAUCAGUGAUUUGCCGUUGGCGAAUAAUUGAUCGGCGGGACACUGACAAAUCACGAUAUUUUGCGGGAUAACAGAGUUCAAUAAUUGUUUUAUCAUUCAUCAAGUUUUUUCUCACAUUUAAAUCACUAUCCGUACGUCAGCUCAGGGAAGCGAUCUACCGUUUUUCACCCGAGAGCAUGGGUACAAUUAGCAGAAAAUUGUUUGCAGCAAAACACAAUUGGACGUUACUACUGGCCAGAUCAUUAUUUGUAGGCAGUUAUUUACAGGUCUCGUGGUGGCCUCAUGGCCAAUGUAAAGGAUGGAAAAUGCAUCGAAUGAUACUGUUUUUUUCCGAAUCAAGUUACAAGUAGCUUGUAUGAGAAACGGCGACGCUUGCUGAGAUCACAUUUAUAACAAUAUAAGUUGAUUGCUUCCGUCAUUUUUUUCUGCAGUUUUUUACGCAUCCAGUCGUGGAUACUGAAAUCAAACGCAAAUGGUAUGGUCGAGAUUUUAUGAAGACUGAAUGGAAAAGGUGGAAAGCACUGUUUGUCUUCUGGUGUCUUUUUGAUUUGGUGUUCUCUCCAAUCCUGUUUGCUGUGUUUUCUCUGAUGACAAAAAAGGACAAAGAGGAAAAUUCUUCAGAUUCAUUCUCUGAAAGUGAUGAAGAAACGAAAAGCGAUGAUUGGGAAAACGAAAAGCUCAAGAAUACGGAAGCUAAGCAAUACCUAUCAGUGCCAGAGAUUUAUCUCAUAUCAUUGGAGACUCCUUACUUCACGUUUGUUCGCGACACACUGAGUUACAUCGUCCUCCUUGUUCUACACUAUGCGCUGUGUCUUUCACCUACAACGGUUACGUUCAACGGAUUGGAAUGGUUUAUACUCAUUUUCUUCACUGGUCGCUAUCUGGUAGAACGCAAACAGAUUGGUGAUGUUUUUCAACACCUAAAGACACAGAGAGAAGGCGGAGCUCAAUCAAAAUGCAUUCAUUUAAAAGCUCUCUUGAUGUAUCAAAGUGCCGACUUGUGGAACAGGUUAGACUUCAUCAGUCUUCUUGUUUACUUGGUAAUCUUGAUACUCAGAGUAGCUACGUUUAUCACAUCUGGAUCAGCGAUGAACAACCGAGUUCUUGCUAUUGCUGGCUACCUCUACAGCGCUAACACCUUGUUCCUCACGUUUAGAGUGUUUGGCCACGUACUGGAACAAUCCAAAGACGUUGGCACCAUCCAGAUUGCCUUGUUUAGUAUUCUAAAGGAUAUAAGCGUAGUGAUUUGGCAGUUUACGGCGGCUAUCUUGGCUUUCUCCAUUGCUAUAACAAAAGUCUACAUGGUCGAGAAAUCGUUCGUAGCAAAUGGAAGUGAUGAUAUUGUUUGUAACAAAUCUGGAAUUUCAUGUUGGUGGACGAUGAUUACUUUUCUGGGCUGGUCUCUGCUGGGAGCGUCAGAAGAUUUUGAUCCUAUGACGUCCGCAGAUUUCCCUUCACAAACCCUUGCUCGAAUCCUCUACGCCGCUUUUCUCGUCAUGGGAGUUAUUCUUCUUGUCAAUAUGCUGAUAGCUUUGCUAUCCAACACGUAUCAGCGAAUAGAGGAAAAUUCGUUAAAGGAGUGGUCGUAUAAAUCUGCGAUUACAAUUGAGACAUACGAUGGCUACGAUCCAAUACCCGUUCCUUUAAAUAUCAUCUACAGCCUCGCCAAACUACUCAGGUCUGCGAAAAAGAAAGAAAAGACAAAGGAUAUUUUCCCACCCGUUUGCUUGCGGAGGAUCCAAUUUGAUUUCUUAAUUAUUGGCCUUGAUAGGGAAUACACUGCGAAGUACGGAGAUGUUCUUCCUGAAUCAGAUGAGAUAAAAGAGGACCUGGUAGUUCAAGAAACACGUGGAAACCGAGAGAUGAUCAGCCAGAUUCUUAAUUCGACUUUUAACUGCCAGGGCGCCGUGGAUCGUGGAAUCAUGUGUCCACCUGGCCCAGAGGCGUGGAACGUUCAUCCAGGUAUCAGAAUACAAGGUUAUCAUUUGACAUGUGAUGAAGUGACGCGCUGUCCAGAAUGCGGCCCUGGCGAGGGUCAUUGGCCUGGAGCGAGAUAUCUCACAAGAUUUACAAAAGAGUUUCCUCAUUUUGAGGUCGCCAUCCUGGAAACUGGGACACUGAUUAUAGUAGCGAUAGGAGUGGUGAAUGAGGGUUACAAUACCGGUAAAAUGCCCGGAUGGGAGGAUGGAACUGUGGGAUACCAAAGUGAUGGAAACAUCUGUGAUGCUGAAAACAGCGAACGUGGCAGAGAAACCAAAGGCCCUAUGGUGGCUUCUCGGGGCGAUCGAAUUCGAUGUACAGUCUUGUUUGAGGACGAAAAAGAAAUAGAAGAUGGAAAGAAACGAGUUCCAAUUUGCUUCACUUUAAACGGCAGGAGGAUUCGUAUUAAAAGAACAAAACAACAUAACGAGACAGAUCAUGUUUUCAUGGACUAUGAUCAUGAUAAACCGCUGUACCCUUACAUUGGCAUGACUGACGGCUGUAGUGUAUUAGCCAAGAUGUGUUCCAGGGAAAAUCCAGAACACGGAAUUUCCAAUUGCAACAGUGAAGACCUCGCCGCUGUUGCCAGAAAGAUUUCAAAGAUCGAGGAAAACUUGAUGUGUAUGAGAGAAAAUGCAGAACACGAGAUUUCCAAGAGUGAAGAUCUUAACAGAAAGGUUACAAAAAUCGACGAAAGCUUGGAGGAGACAAACCGAAAACUUGAGCUGACGUGUUCCAGAGAAAAUGGAGAAGAACUUACCAGAAAGGUUACAAAAAUCGACGAAAGCUUGGAGGAGACAAACCGAAAACUUGAGCUGACGUGUUCCAGAGAAAAUGGAGAAGAACUUACCAGAAAGGUUACAAAACUCGAGGAAAGCUUAGAGGAGACAAACCGGAAACUUGACACCUUGUUGGCUAGAUUGACAGACCAAGAACAAUCUGGUUAAGGCCUUGACC